GGAUGAAAAAUCAGGAUAAUAAGACAUGUCAAAAACGAGAUAAACUCCUGACUGUCAUAUGUGAAUCAUUUUAUUGCUGAACAUCAUAAGAAAUAAGCAAUGAUCAAGUGCAUUAAACAUCCCCAGAACAUUAAGGUCGCAACACAGGAUGAACAAAAUUAGAAGGUCAAAUUCAGGAUCUAACCACCCAUUAUACCUUUCAGUCAUUAGCAGAUGCUAGUUGCAGAGACAGCAGUUCAUCCUCAGGAAUGGUUUUAAUAGUACAAUCUGAUCAGGGAUAGGCGGAACAUAACAGUGCAUAGCCACGCUCCACCACAUAAUCACUGAGCAUACCAUCACUCUGAUCAGCGGAGCCACUUAUAAUUUUAGCAGGGCAAGUCAUGCACACUCCAAGCUUGCAGUCAUGAGGCACAUCCAAGCCAGAGUCCAACGCUUUGGGUAGGAUUGUCUCAUCGGGCUCCACCUUGAGCUCUGUGGACUCACCCUCAUGCUCAAUCACUACUUUGUAAGACCUCGUAAUGCUCCAUUGAAAUCUUUAUCUGUGUGAGACUAAGCAUUUUCCGGGGCUAAAGUCGGAGGAAUGGUGUUUGGUGCAGGUUGGGUGCUUUUGCUUUGUGAGAAUGAAGGGACAAGAUGGAGAUAAUAAACGAAGGGUUGCCCUGAUUUUGUUUGCCUUGUGAGAGAUCACCGUUUUGGAAAAAGAUAAGUAAUGGAAAAACCAGGAGCUGGGCAUUGCGAGAUUGCGAAAGAUGUGACGGAAUUAAUUGGCAAGACUCCUCUGGUGUAUCUGAAUAAUAUUGUGGAUGGCUGUGUUGCCCGUAUCGCUGCUAAACUAGAGAUGAUGGAACCUUGCUCCAGUGUCAAAGACAGGAUUGGUUACAGUAUGAUUGCGGACGCAGAGGCCAAAGGUCUUAUCAUACCAGGGAAGAGUGUGCUCAUUGAACCAACCAGUGGAAACACUGGGAUAGGGUUGGCAUUCAUGGCAGCAGCAAAGCACUAUAAGCUUAUCAUUACAAUGCCUGCUUCAAUGAGUAUUGAAAGAAGAAUUAUUCUUCGAGCUUUUGGAGCUGAGCUGGUUCUCACUGAUCCUGCUAAAGGGAUGAAGGGAGCUGUUCAGAAGGCAGAGGAGAUUUUGGCCAAGACACCAAAUGCUUACAUGCUGCAGCAGUUUGAAAAUCCAGCCAACCCAAAGAUCCAUUAUGAGAGUACUGGGCCAGAGAUCUGGAGAGGCUCAGGAGGGAAAGUUGAUGCCUUUGUUUCUGGAAUUGGUACUGGUGGCACAAUAACAGGUGCAGGGACAUUUCUUAAAGAACAGAACCCCAAGAUAAAGCUAUAUGGUGUGGAGCCAGUUGAAAGUCCUGUUCUAUCUGGUGGGAAACCUGGUCCGCAUAAGAUCCAAGGAAUAGGUGCUGGCUUUGUCCCAGGUGUUUUGCAAGUCAAUGUUGUUGAUGAAGUUAUUCAAAUAUCAAGUAAUGAAGCAAUUGAGACAGCAAAGCUUCUUGCCCUGAAAGAAGGUUUACUUGUGGGAAUAUCAUCUGGUGCUGCUGCCGCCGCUGCAAUUAAGAUUGCAAAGAGACCUGAGAACGCUGGAAAACUUAUUGUUGUAAUUUUUCCAAGCUUUGGAGAGAGAUAUCUGUCUUCUGUGCUAUUUGAAUCUGAGAGGAAGGAGGCAGAAAACAUGGUUGUGGAGCCCUGAUUUCCUAGAUCAGUUUGGCAUUUUGGUCUCCUAUUGCUUCUUCUUGGCAUAAUUACAUGAAUUGUAGUUAUUUUAAGUGCCUUGUGCUGCUAACUACUCAUUAUACAGCCUAAUUUUUUCUAUCAAAUUUACCAAAAACAUAGAUAAUAUAUGUUGUUUGUUUUGAUUUCUUA